GAGAGGCGUCUGCAUAUGUAUGUUGUGUACUGUCAGAACAAGCCCAAGUCGGAACAUAUCGUCUCAGAGUAUAUUGAGACUUACUUUGAGGAGUUGCGGCAGCAGCUGGGCCACAGGCUGCAGCUCAACGACCUGCUCAUCAAACCCGUCCAGAGGAUCAUGAAGUACCAGCUGCUGCUCAAGGACUUCCUGAAGUAUUACACCAAAGCUGGAAUGGACACAGAGGAGUUGGAGAAAGCAGUAGAAGUGAUGUGCUUUGUGCCAAAACGUUGCAAUGACAUGAUGAAUGUCGGCAGACUACAAGGCUUCGAGGGGAAGAUCACAGCCCAGGGCAAACUGCUCCAGCAAGACACCUUCACUGUUACCGAGCAGGACAGUAGCUUUCUGUCCCGAGCUAAGGAAAGACGGGUAUUCCUGUUUGAGCAGCUGGUCAUCUUCAGUGAGCCAAUCGACAGGAAGAAAGGUUUCUCGCUCCCUGGAUACAUCUUUAAGAGCAGCAUCAAGGUGAGCUGCCUGGGAGUGGAGCCCAGUGUGGACGGCGAUGAUGCCCGCUUUGUGCUGACAUCACGUAACCCUGAUGGGAGUGUAGUGCGCUUCCAGUUGCAGGCCUCCUCUCCUGAGAUCUGCAGGGCCUGGGUCAAUGAUGUUGUUCAGAUCUUGGAAUCCCAGCGCAACUUCCUCAAUGCCUUACAGUCACCUAUUGAGUACCAGCGGCGAGAGAGCAAGUCUAAUAGCCUGGGCCGCAGCAUGAGGCCACCUCUGUCUGCUGCCAGUGCCCUUCGACCCCACUCCUCCGCCUCCAUUGAUCGUCAUAAACUGCCCUCCCUUCACUCUCACAACACCUCCCUGCCCACGCUCUACCUGCCUAGCCAAGGCCAAGGCCAAGGACCCAGCGAGACAUACUCACAGCGGGACCCCACUGUGGCCCAGCCAUGCCCUGCUGACUCCCACACUGUUUCUCCAUCACAUGUUCAACUGGGCUUCACUGAUCAGCCAAACUGUCAAGCUGUGUCAAAUGGGCUGUACACACCCACCACACAAAGUGCACAGCAGAGAGCAGGAGAGGGCUGCAGAAGGGGCCAGGCUGUUGAUGCUGGGAGCCAGGCUCCAUUUUCUGGCCUCUCAGCUGGACGACGUCCCAGCAACCUGGCUCAGCUAGCUGAGGAUGACCUAUGAACUCUGAUGCUAUCUGUCUCCCGUCUACUGUCUGUUUAGGCCAGGCUGGACCCUCAAAUGUUUCAGUUGUGAUUUCUGGAAGAUAAUGAAGGAAUAUAUGAAGGAAUUAUGGGCUGCAACUAUAAAAUGACUUUGCUCCUGUUUUUAUGCAGCAGUGACUAUGCCACCUUGAGUGUACAUGAACAGCACCCAGAAUGAUGUUACUGGGCUUAGAGUGAAAACACUCAAGGAACACUCAGUGUUAUGACAAUUUUUGUUUUUUACCUGUUUUGAGAGCUUGUACCAGACUAUUUUCUCUUUCAAAGGGCAAUCGGAAUUUGUUUGGAGAAAAAAUAUCCAUUCCUAAUUGGGGCGGUCACUGGAGUUUCAUGUGUGCCUGAAUGGAUGCUUAUGCAGCAAUGUGUGGAUGUGUUUCAGUGCGUGAGUGUGCGCAAGGAGUGGCAGUGGCUCCUCUUGUACUCUCUGGUAAUUUUUUUUUUUUGAUGCCCCAUUUUGAAGACAAGUACAGCUACAUUAAUACAUUUUGUCAUUCCCCUGCUGACAACUGAGUUUGCUGUUUAUGUCAACAAGAAUGGGAAAGGCAGAACACUUGAUGUGAACAUGCCACAAGGACUCGAAUUUCAACUAAAAGCAAAAAACUUUCUUUCUUGCCACAGUGUUGAGAGCUCCUGUGUGCUCUCUUAUUCUGUUUGACUGGCCCACAUUUGAUCUGGACAAAAAAGGUAUGAGAGAGCCCCCUGGAGGUUCUCUGUGGGUAUGACGUCACUUCAAAAAUUCUUUGUGCUCUUUGGGCAACUCCAGAGGAGUUGCUACAUACAGUAGGUGCAUUCAAAGGGACUGCCGUGCUGACCCAAAGUGUUACAUGCAACAUCCCCUUGGUGAUUGACUGGCACAAUGCUACUUUACACAGAUCUUUCUUUCCAGGCUGAAGUGGUUUUGGGGACACAAGUCCUUAAAAGUGCAUUGGUAUAAACAAAUAUGAAUUGUUUUAUUAGUCCACUGUUGUCAUGUCAAGGCUGUGCACCAUUUCUAUAAUCUCUUGCUUUUGCCCUCAUGGACUAAAUCCUAUACAGUGCAUACCAUAAAGGCAAUCAUACAUUUCCACUUGUAAGAUGAAGAAGGAACCAGGUAGGCCAGGAAAUUUUACCGUUCCAGUUGGUUAAAAUGAAGGAUAAUAUGUUGCUGGAUAAUGUUGAAGAAUCUGCAUGCUCCCUCUUCCUCGGACAGCAGUGCCAAAAACAGCAGCUCACCACUGAAACGUUUCAUGCUCUUACGCCAUCCUCUGCUACUCUUACUAAACGAUCGUAAAUAUCUGUAUUAUUAUCUGGAUUGUAAUGCCUAAGUGGCAAAAAGAGGAGAAUGGAAUAGAUCAAGUGGGCUACCGUGUCAAUCUCAGGCCAGUUCUUCUUUGUAGCCUAUAGAGGUCCCCACAAUGCUUAAUCAUCCAUCUUAGUUGGAUCAUACACCUGCGCCAAAGAUCAAUAGGCCUCAUGUUUCAGUGCUCACAAUGAAGCAAAAGCUGCUCAAUAAUCUGUCCAAACAAUAAUAAAUUACACUGACAGGUGAGACAUUAGGUGAAUGAAACCACCUCACAUAAUCCAUAUGUAGUUAAAGUGAACUGGCAUGUAUGGGAAUUACUGAUCAACACAAUGUAAUACCACUACAGAGAACCAAAAGCAAGGACAUUAAACCAAGAGAACAUUGUUUAAUAUUGUGUUUGACUGAGUAGAAACUGUUGUAUCAUAUCAAAUUAAAAGUGUCUUUUUGAAACCGA